CCCCGGCUCCGGAAACGCGCUGCUGGGCUGCAGGGCUCAGACGGGCGCUCGGGGCUCCGCGGCGCUCCCUGCCACGCCGGACCUGCUUGGGCAACGCCAGCUCCCCUCUGCCGAGGGCCGCACCACGGUUGCCGCCGGGCCUGGGUGAGCGUGCCUACCGCGGGAGAGUGUGCUGGCCGAGUGAUGGUGCGGGAGGCGGGAGGCGGGACGCGGGACGCGGGACGCGGGAGGCAGGAGGGACGCGCGAGCCCCAGUGAUUGUGAGCGAAGCGGAAGGAUGUGCGGGGCGAAGUGAGCGUGCGGGACCCGUGGCGAGAGGAUGUGCUGAUCUAGGGUGCGUGUGCGGGCCGCGGGAGAGCCUGCGAGGGAGGGGGCGUCUCAGCCCUGCUGCGGGCCCUUGGCAGAAGGGGACGGGUCUCUGAUAGCGGGGACGACGAGGCCCGAAGGCCUUCUCGCGGCGGGCAGGGGGCGGCGGUCAAGGGCCGGAAUCGCGGAUCUGCGGAGGCCUACGCUGUUCUACGGAGGACACUGCUGGGUCGGAGGUGAGAAAGAGGACCCCCUCAGCGCCCCAAGUGCCAAGGAGGGGGGCUUAAAGGACUCGUCUCCAAUAUGAGGGAGGGGCUGAACCCCGAUCCCUGGUGCUGGUGAGGGUUCCAGCUGGGGGCGUCCCUCCUUUCCAUUUGCUUGAGGGUCGAGCAUCAGCUUGGCAAGAGAGUGGGAACCACAAGAGCUGGGAUGGGGGCCAUGAGGAAGUGAGCAGCCCCUGCUUGGUGAAGGGAGCUCAAGCCCCCUCCGGGGCUUUUUCUCUUGCACUUCUGGGGUCCGCGGUCUCCCGCUGCACCCCACUGCCCCCUCCCCUUCAAGUCCUCUGCUGUCCCUCCAGUCUCUUUUUGGGUGACUUUAGAUCUUCAUACCAUGCAUACCCUCACUCACCUGCUGCCUAAAGCCCACAGUCUCCCCAGUGCCCCUCUGGCAGUUCCUGGCCCUCUUCCCAGCCAUCAUUGGCCUAGCCAGGCUGGUGGCCCCUCUCCAGUCUCCUCGGUCAGUGAAACAUUUCCUGUUCAACCUCAGCCCCGACAUUGUCCUCUGAAAGUGGGUUUCACGGGCUUGACAGAAUAGCACCCCCUCUGGGACCAGGGCUGCCCCAGCCUCCCCCCACACACACACACCCGGGGCCUCUCCCUGCAGCAACUUGCACAGUGUCUGGCACACUUUGGUGCAUUCCCCAAAACUGUUCCCAGGUCUAUAUUUGGAAGCCUAUGGAGCAGUGAUUUCUAGCCUUCCUCUGGCGAGAGACCCCUCAGAAGAUCUAGAAAGUGUGAAGUCUUCCCAGAAGUCUGACUGGCAGCCCGGGCUCCAUGGGUUCCCAUCUGAGGAGGCACCUGGGCAGGAGCCUUGUGGGAUGUGAGCUAGAGAUGACAGAGCCUACACACACUAGUGUCCACAUCAGAGUCCCCUGGAGGACUUGUUGGAAAAUGCAGAUUCCAGACCUGCUGCCACUCUGCCACUUGAGUUCUUGCUGAACUCCAAGCAAGGUUCCUGACACAAUAACUAAGCCCUUCCAAACCUGCCAGGGAUCCUUGGGUGGCCCAGGGCCCCUUGGGAUUCCCACAGCAUCCCACCCUACACUUGGUUUAGAAUCUAGGCAGUGUAGCCUCAAUGAGGCCAGACUUACAAUUUAUUUUGAUUUUUAGUAGGACACCAUGCGUCUUCUUGGGGAAAUGAGAACAUAAACCUUUCCUCAAUUAAGUACAACAAACACUACAAAAUCUCCUUCUGGUCUACCUUCUGGCUUUUUAUAGAAGUGAAAGAAGAUGGAAACCUAAACAGAGAGAGAGACAGGUGCCCAGGCAAAGUGAGAGAGGAAACAGAUGCCUUCCCACCCACACACACAGAAAAAGGCACACACAGACACAAAUAUCCCAAGAGAAACAGACUUUCCUGGUGAGACGCCCUCUGUUUUGGCCCAUCACGAUUCUGCUACUUCAGUGUAGAGGCCAGCUUGCACAGAGAGGGAUAGACCCGAACCGGGCCUGCCAGGUCGAUUGAAGGUCAAGGUCAAGAUGGGCUUCAGCCCAGGGGCCAGCUCAGCUCUCACAUCUUGGCCCACUGGGUGCACUGGGACCUCUGGCAUGGCCUGCCCUGCCACUGAGCAUUUGCUCUACAGCAGGACAGGUUCCUGGAAGGUAGGUACACGUGAGUUUGCUUCUGUUCACCUGGAUUAUUUCAACCCAACAGGUGGGACCGUACCUGCUGGACUAAUCCCUUGCAAUUGUUCUGAGACAUGAUGAGUUAUCCCUGUGUGUCUCUUUGGGUUGGCAGCCAAACAUCAAUUUCAAUUGGAGAUUAAUUUUUAAAUAAGUUAUCUCCACCUGCUCCCCAAGGUCUUGCCCUUCCCCAGGAUGGAGCCCCGGGAAACCAGGUCCUGGCAGCCCCUCUUGAGAUGCUGGAGGCCCAGGGUUUGGUGCCGUCUGGUGAUGCAGUGCAGUACCUCACAGAAAGAGAGUGGCUGAAGCUGGACCCUGAACAGAGGACACUGGCAUAUUACGGGCACGUGACUUCUGUGGCAGGAGUGCCCAUUUUGCAUCCUACCUUGACCUCCCACCUGGCACAAGGACAAGUCCUGUUGGUGUCAGACCCUUCCCUCAGCACGGAGCAAGCUAAGCGCCCCGAGAGCACCUCUGUGACCUGCCACCGGAGGAUGGGUGAAGAAACCCAGCCACAGGAAAUGACAUCCGUGAGCUCCCCCAGGGCCGAUGACCCCAGGGCCGAGGGCAGGGGAGGGUGCCCACAGGACCUGCCUAUAGAACACCACUUUGCAUGUAAAGAGUGUGGGGCCACCUUUCGGCUGAAAGUCCUCCUCGUGCAGCACCAGCGGGUUCACAGUGAGGAGAAGGGGUGGGAGUGUGGCGACUGCAGGAAGGUCUUCAGGGGGGCGGCCGAGUUCAAUGCACACAGGCAGAGCCACGUGGCCGCUGAGCCCCGGCCUGGCCCCAGCUGGGCCCUGGAAGACGCCAAGGCAGAGCGGAGGGAGCAGCUGGAGAGGGAGGCGAUGCCCUUUGAGUGUGAGGAGUGCGGGAAGAGGUUUAAGAAGAACGCGGGCCUCAGUCAGCACCUUCGCGUGCACAGCCGCGAGAAGCCCUUCGACUGCGAGGAGUGCGGGCGCUCCUUCUCCGCACACACCCACCUCUUCCAGCACCAGAAGCUGCACACCGCCGAGAAGCCCUUCGCGUGCAAGGCGUGCAGCAGGGAUUUCCUCGACCGCCAGGAGCUGCUCAAGCACCAGCGCGUGCACACAGGCCACCUGCCCUUCGACUGCGACGACUGCGGCAAGUCCUUCCGCGCCGUCAACGGGCUGGCCGAGCACCAGCGCAUCCACAGCGGCUCCAAGCCCUAUGGGUGUCUGCACUGCGGCAAGCUCUUCCGCAGGAGCUCGGAGCUCACCAAGCACCGGCGCAUCCACACUGGCGAGAAGCCCUACGAGUGCGACGAGUGCGGCAAGGCCUUCCGCCAGAGCUCCGGCCUGCUGGAGCACGCUCGCAUCCACAGCGGAGAGCGGCCCUACAUGUGCGGGGAGUGCGGCAAGGCCUUCCGCGGACCCUCCGACCUCAUCAAACACCGGCGCAUCCACAGUGGACUCAGGCCCUACGAGUGCGACAAGUGCGGCAAAGCCUUCCUCAGGAGCUCGGGCCUGAGCCGCCACCAGCGCAUCCACAGCGGGGCGAGGCGCUGCGUGUGCAGCGAGUGCGGCCGCGUGUUCAAGAGGCGUUCGGCGCUGCAGAAGCAUCAGCCCACCCACCGCGAGUAGGGCCGUCCCCAGAGGCCAAGGUCGGGCUCAAACGAGAUGAACAGUUUCGUAGGGCCGAUCUAUUUUAUCGUCUGAGAGGUCAAACCGAUUUCCACCGCCACCAGCAAUUUCUACGUGUCCGUGUUUCCCGUUAUGCGCAGUGAGAAUAGCUUUUCCCAUUUUAACUUAGUUUGGCUAGUUUGCCUGGCACAGGGUGCCUUCAGGGUACUUCAGUCCUCACGCCUUGAAUGACAAGAGAAACGUGGCUGGGGGGUGGGGUGCUGGGAGGUCCUCUACUCCAGGCUCUGCCCCCACGGGAAAAGAUUACCCCAGAAGAUUUAUGGCCUACUUGGAUUUAUAAAUGUUUAGGGAUGUAAAUAGAAUAAGUACUCAAAUGUCUUAUAAUAUUUAACUUAUUAAUUUAGUUCUACAUACAUAAUGUAAAUCACAUAUGAUAUAGAAUAAUAUAUUAAUUUAGAAAAUACGCCUUUUUGCCACACUCCGUUUCCUGAAAUGUUUUAUCCUAACAACUCAUACACUCACCACGGGAGCCCUUUCAGUCACCAGUCUUGGCACAUCCGGUCACUUCUAUCCGGGCUUUGCAUGGCAGCACUGUGACAAUCUCCACAUAAGGCUCUCACCAGAAACUUCCUCCCAGGCCAUAAUAACACAUUCAUAUAACAAUAAGACAGUUGUUUUGUGUGUUUUUAAUUAGUCCUGUAACUCUGCAACACAACCACUUAGGGUGGUGCUUUUUCAAAUGACCUUUUAAAAGGCUGUUUUUUAAGCAUCUGAUCCGUUGUUCUGAGGUCAUACUCCUGGUAAAAAUUAAUCAAGGUUAAAUGUUUUUGCCUCUUUUUUUUCCAUAAUCCAAUUCAAUUUGGUGACUCCUAUACCUACCUGAAAUAAGCAUCAUCGGUGGCAUUCCGCCUAAUGGGUCUUGUCCUCAAGCAGCACCAUUGUGUUUGAAAAGAAGUAGGCAAGAGAGAAGCCCCAAAUAAGAGGGUGUCUUCAAGACUCAAGGGUAAGGUAGCACCACUUUGAUGGGAGCAAGAGCCUCUCCCAGUAUUGGGCUUCAAUGGUACUUCUCCAACCCUCCGGCUUAUAGCUCUGCCAACAUGGGGGCAGGGGGCAAUCCCAGUACCUCCUUCCCAACUCUGUCAGAAGGAACAGCCCCACUGCCUGCCUGGCAAGAAGGUACACACCCAGUGAAGGUCAUCUGCUGUCAUCGUCAUAGUUAUUGCUGUCAUUCUACAGCUCAUUAAUGCCACACCUGGGGAUGGAACCCAGGCCUCCUGAGUACUAGUGUCAUCUUUUUUGUGUGUGUGACAACCUAAAUAGUACUUCUGUUUGCUUGCAUGCAAUUGUACGUUCAUCUCCUUUGACUGGUUACCAAGUUACCUUUGGAUAUAUUGACUCUAUGUAGCAGUUCUUUCUAUAUCAAUUGUGAUGUUCUCUUUUCCAAUUUUAUUGCUUUGCUCUUUAUAGCACUUUUUAUUACAUUUUUGUUGUGCAAGCUCUUGAUGAUUUUUACAUAUCCCAGUAGUGGUUUUGUAGGUCGUAACUUUCAUUGCAUCAGUACUUAGAUAAGAUGACAUUUUCUUCUGGAAUUUUAAUUACAAACAGAAGUCGAAACCCUGCCCACCAGAAGGUGAAUCCAUCAGGUGGGUGGGCCAGAUAGGAAUGGGCCUGAGAAGCAGGCCCGUUCUUCAUUCAGAUGCAGACUCUGUAUAUCUGCGGGCAGCACUUGACUAUCCAACCCAGCCACUGAGGCAUACUAGAGAUACGUCCAUCACGAGCAGAGCACUCCGUGACUGCUCAUCGGACAACCCUGGCCACAGCAGCAGGGCUUGGUGCACACUGUAUACGCACUGGGCCUGGCAGCAGCCAGCCCACCUCCGAGCUCCCGAGAACCUUGGCAAUGGAUUCAGUGACUGAGCAGCAGAUCCACCAAAGCAGCAUCUCCUGGGACACAAGAAGACUCACCUGAAUGAUCUUCCUCCCAGCGAGUGACUCUGGUUUGGUGGCCUCUGCUUUGGGCAACUAGGGAGCUAUUUGCCCACCUAUGCUGGUGUCACCUUCCGAAGUCACACCUAAGAUGAGUGACAGAACAGAAGUUUGGAGAGAAACUCUGUUGCUGAUGGCCUGUGUGUCAAUUCUGACAGAAGCUGGCUGCACAAGGCUGGGGCCAGGACUGCAGUAGCCAUGUCCACGAGGGGCAGUGAAGCAAGGGUAACAGCAAUCAGGCCCUUCUGGUGGCUCUGAGGCAUAGAAAUAGAAGCUGUCCAUCCUGGGGCUGGGCGUCACUGGUGGCAGCCUUCCCCAGGAAGAACAGCAGCAAGGGCUGGCCAGGAAGCUGGCCAUGCCAGGCCUGCGGCACCACCUCCCAGCCACUGUGCCCCGGGGGGCGCUGGAGGCCAGGCGCUGCAGCAGACAUGCAGGCACAGCCAGGAAGGGCCUCCCAGGCCCCUUCCUGGGAAGUAGGGUCUGACAAUGAUUCCUGUGACCUUGGCCAGAAGGUCCUCCCCAAGAGCCCCCAGGCGACCACAGUGGCCCCAUGGGAUAUCUCCAUCCUGACCUCCAGGCUGGAGAGAAACCAACACACCUGUAACAUAGCGAUUCCUUUUGCUCUGGGCUCUGUUCUUGCAGUAGUUGUGAAUCUGUCUGAACUCACUACUUUCUCUGAUCAGUUUUCUCUUUUCAAGCUGUCAGGGCAUGUUUUGUAUAGCUGUCAUUUGGGUAAGGAAUGUUGACGUGUACCAGGGCCAAGUCUGAGCACCUUUACCUUGAAAGAUUCUGCCGUUUCUUUGACCAUUCAAUUGGUCAUUUGUCCAGCUGGAUAUGAAGGGUUCCACUGAAGUCUAGAUUAACAUUAACUCAGCAUAUAGCAUAGUGGUCACUGCUCCCAGCCAGAACUCGGCACGUUGACUUCCCUUCUUGCCCUCCUUGGUACUUUUUUUCUGUGUGGUACUUUUUUCUAGUUUGGGCUGUAUAAUAUUCUCUCAAACAAAUCCUCAUCUAAAGUUAACACUAAUGAUCAUGUCUUUUACUUCACUGUUGACAUAGUGGCUUUCCAUGGCAUUGGCAGUGAAGUCUGCAUGCUUCAAAUGCAAUCAGUCUGUGGCUUUCACAUGUGUCCCAUAGCUUCACCACUUCAUCUUCCCCCUUGGGUACCUAAGAGGUGGAUUUCCUUGGAUUCUCCAGGUACAUCGCUCUGUCCGAGGCAGAUGCAAGCAGCCAUCCUGUUGUGUUUGUCUGUACAUUUGUGUAUCUACCUCACUUCGCUUUUCUUUCUAACCACAUGUAUUCCUGUUGCAAGGGAAAUGGAGAGCAGCUGGGUUACGUGGAAUUCUGGCUUUUGAUGAAAAUAUAUUCUUUCCUACCACAGUAAGAAAGAAACCCUCCAUUGCUUUCAUUAGCGUUUUGGAUGCUUGCUGAAAUUUUCAAAAGGAAGGAAUUGUUUACCAUUUUUGCUGCUUCUUGUGUCGUCCCCACUCUUGCAUCUCUGGAGUAACCCUCGCCCAGUCACAUCUUUCUCCUGUGGUAUCUGCAUUCCACGUGCUUGGUUUUGUGUCUGCAGUGGCAAGGCCCGGCGUCUGCCCUGCCCGCAGCCGGGGCCGUGGCCCUGUUGCACACCGUGUGACUCGCCACUCCCUUCUAGGCUGCAUUAAUUAAAACAGAACUGAACGCCCAACUCUAGGGCACCAGCAGUCCACAGAGCUAGCUGGAGACCAUGGACCGUGCCUUUCAAGUCUGAGGAAAGCAAACAAGGAAACGUGUUCGAAAUUGGAUCGUGGAGAGAGCCACACGCACAGUGUGUAGAGGAGCUGCCCCCGUGGGGCAGUUGAAGAUCUGCGCCAAGUUGAAGACCUGUGGUCUUUCCUGGCCUGCCCAGCACUCCCUCCCUCCCAGCACACCAAGGGAGGCCUGACUGCAUUGUGUUCUUGGACUGCUGGCGACCGCCUCUUGUCAGUCCACGAGUGUCCCCAGCAAGGACCUGGCCCUUGACUGGAGCCAGUUUAAGUCUCUGCUUUUUGCAGUUUGUCCAAGAGCCAAUUACAUUUGACCAUUUGGCUGCUUUGUGAGAAGAAUCACAUUGCUGGCGUCCCUCAAGCUCUCCUCAGCCAGCAUCCCCGGCCCAAGUCCCACCUGACUGCUGUGACACCUGUUUAAAUGUGGUACCGUAUUCUGUUCACUAGGAUGGGUGAAAUCUAGGCCUUCUGUCUCAGUGAGUUUGACCAGCGGCUUUCUGUCUGCAUAUUGCUCCUUUCCUGAACCAGCAUUUGAGCAUAUAAUGAGUUCAUCACAGCCCACCCUGUUCUCUAUUUGGAAAGUGUUUCACUGUUUCCGGCCAAUUCAUUGGAUUGGGGAAUUGAUCACGCCUCUCUGAAUAGUAUACUUACAUUCUGUAGUUCUCAUUUCGUCAUUUGGGGUUUGCUUUCCAAACUAGAAAUGGCCUCUUUAAGCUUGACCCUCAACGUUCCCUGCAUAUCUCUGAGAACAGUAGCUGUGUCCUGCCCCCGUUUGUAUUUCAGUUGUGGAUGCUCUUUUGUUGUCCCUCCCAGAUUUCAUUCCCUAGUCUGUUUUCUGGCACUCACUAUAAUCAGCCUUGCACUAGAGAUGUUUGUGGACUUGGCUUCUCCUCUCUCCCACCCAAACCCUCCCCCACCCAUUAGAUUGUGAGCUCUUAGAAGACAGGGGUGGCCCUCAUGUCUGAUCCCCUACCAAAUCUAGCACAGUGCCUUGCAUCGAGUAGAUUUCAAUAAAUAUAUGUUAAAUGGCA